UUCACGGACUAUUUUAGAGCAUCUGGUUUGACAUAUUGAACAUGACUAGCGUUAUCUGCACUUUACGCGGAUAUCGCCCUCUUUGCAUAUCACGUGUCCCUCUCUGUCCAAUAAUCGCUCGAUCUUAAUGUACACAGGCGCGUGAGUAUCAGUUACUCUCCCAGAUUCGGUAUCUCUUUUUUCAGAGCAGGGCAAAUUGGGAAAAGAGCGAGUAGUCUCAAUGUGGCGCGUGAUAUGACAGCGUCUUUACUUCUCCCCUCGCGCUGGAUCGAGCCGGUGAUGUUUCUCUACGACGGCAGCGGCGCGGACGAAAUCAACAAAAACAUGGAAGGCUUCGCGGGAGGCAACUAUGCCGCGAGCCAGUGCCGGAACCUGAUGGCUCACCCCACGUCCCUCGCGCCGAGCAGCAGCACCUACGCUUCCGAGGUGCCCGCGUCUGGCAUGAGCGAGCCUGGCAAACAAUGCAGCCCCUGUUCGGGGGCCCAGAGCUCGUCCAACGCCUCUCUGCCGUACGGUUACUAUGGCAGCGGUUACUUUCCGUGCAGGAUGCCCCACCACAGCGGCGUGAAGCCCUGCUCGCAGCCCCCUUAUGCGGAUAAGUACAUGGACACGUCCGUGGCGGCUGGCGACGACUUCCCGUCCAGACCGAAGGAGUUCGCCUUCUAUCAGGGCUACUCGCCCGGUCCGUAUCAGCCGGUUCCGAGUUACCUGGACAUGCCCGUAGGACCCGCCCUAAGUGGAUCUGGCGAACCGCGACACGAACCGCUCCUGCCCGUGGACGGCUACCAGCCCUGGGCGCUCAGCAACGGCUGGAACAGCCAGGUUUACUGCGGGAAAGAUCAAGCCCAGUCGAACCACCUUUGGAAGGCAUCCAUUCAAGACGCGGGGCCUGGCGGGGAUGGAAACCUCCGCAGGGGCAGGAAGAAACGCGUCCCCUACACCAAGGUGCAGCUGCGGGAGCUCGAGCGCGAGUACGCCACCAAUAAGUUCAUCACGAAGGACAAGCGACGGAGGAUCUCGGCGGGAACCAACCUGACGGAGCGGCAGGUCACCAUCUGGUUCCAGAACCGGCGCGUCAAGGAGAAGAAGGUCGUCAACAAGUUCAAGAGUAGCAGCUAGCGUGGCCUACGGCAGACAGGCAGCAGACCGACAGACAGACAGGCGGGCGAGAGACAGGACUCCAGAACACUGUAUCGAAUUGAAGGAGCACUAUGGUAAUUUAUUUUUCUUCACUGUCUCGUGUGCUCUGGGAGAGCUCGGUAUUUACGGUGGACGGCACCUCUUUCUCUGAAGAUUCUCUGAGCUCAACGGUGGGGCGCGCGCGGACCCGGGGCGACCAGUAGACAAAUGUUAGAGAACUCCUACCGGGAACCCUUGGCUCGCCCCGCGUUCUGGACUGUAAAUAUCGGUGUGGUGUGUCGCGUGAGCUCCGGGCCCGCUGCUGCUCGCGCUGCAGCCGGGCAGAUGCUCGCGCUGCGGCCCAUCCCUCAGCAUUCCCACAGGCUGCGUCAGUCUGUGCGCCGAGCUAACAGCACUUCUGUCGAGCCGAGAGGGCCACUUCAAAGUUUUGAAGACAAAACAACAUGUAUUUCUAAGUACCUCUGCGUAUAAUUAAUGUCCCGUUUUGUAGUUUGUUAUCCACCAGCUCGUGUUAAAUUGGGCUACUGUUCCUUAACAGUAUCUGCCACGGUUACCUUUUUAAUAUGUUCUUCGCAUCGUUUUGUACAUAAGCCUACCUAAAACAGAAAGUUAAGUUCCCAUUAAGGCUUUAUUGUCUAGGUAUAUAAAGUCUUCCAAACAACAGAGAAAAUAUUUCUUUUUCUAUCUGCUAAUAUCCAUUUGUAUGCUAUUGUUUUGAGUUAUAGUUUCUAAUUUAAUUGGAGUCGUCCUGAAUAAAAGCGGAAAUGAGAUUAUGAGCUGUUUAUAUCUGUAUUAUGUUGAUUUAAUUAAAAAAAAAAGAACGAUU